GUGGGCGCGGGCGUGGGCGCGGGCGUGGGCGCGGUGGGCGCGGGCCACGGGCCAGACGAGCGACGUUUGUCACGGCGCCGCGCGAGACGCAGGCCAUGGUUGUGGGCGAGGGCGAGACAGAGGAGACAAUGGAGGACGAGGAGGCGCGGGUAGCGUCAGCAAUCCGGGCCCGGGAGGCCGCGCUCGUCUCGCAGGCCGAGCGGGUGCAGCGGCGAGCAAAGCGAAAGGCCGCAGCGGCAGCCCGAGAAGCGCAGCGCAUAGCUGUGGCCAAAGCCGAGUCGGAGCGGAUCGGGAUCGAGGAGCAGUUUAUCGUGCAACGGCGGCUUGCGACGGCGCGGCGGGCCAAGGCGCGCGAGCUCGACGCGGCGAUGGCCAACGUCUCUGCGCUGCUCCCGACCGCUCUCCACGCCCUGGCGGCCAAAGUCGGCGAUGUCGACUCGGUCCGGUGGCUCAUUGAGAACAAGGGGGUGUCUGUCAACGACAACGACGACGACGGCGACACGGCGCUCAUUCUGGCAGCACGGUUCAAUCACCUGGAGCUGAUGGACCACUUGCUGAUGCGGACAGACGUGGAUCUGGAGAAGCGCGACAAGUACGGACAGACUGCGCUGUUCAACGCGGCGUACCAGGGCCACCUCGACGCGGCGCGACGGCUGCUUGUCCAUGGCGCGAGCCCAAACGUAGCAGAUCAAGGCGGCUCGCAGCCGCUGCACGUGGCGACGUCUGGUGGCUCGCUCUCGAUGGUCGAGCUGCUUCUCGAGUACGGAGCAGACGUGCGUGCCGUCUCGUUCGAGGGCCUCACCCCCUACGGCAUUGCGGACGAGAAGAACCUGUACGGGAUCAAGGACGCGCUGCGAGUGGCCGAGGAGCGGCGGUUUGUGCGCGCCCGACACAAGAUCGCCGCCGGCUCGACCAGCGUGCGGUUUGCCGAGCCGGACGCCAAGCUUGGGUGGGCUGAAGCGGGCAGCAACGAUGUCGCGGACGUCGGUGGUGAUGCGCGGUAG